AUGGGUGAGUCUCCAGGACAGUCUACUAGGGUUUUGCUGCAAGGGGGGCAGCCUCCACCGGCAGCGCCGCCUAGGAUGACAUGGCAAGAUAUGUUCAGUAAGGAUCAACCAAAUGUUAAUUUGCCUUCUAAUGAGGAAGAUGAAAGUGAAUUCCCGGAUGACGUUGUCAUUGACUUUGACAAACUGAAGCCGGACCUUCGGAUUUCUGAUCGUUUUCAUGAGGAAAUUCUAAAGGAUUGGAAGCAUGCAGUUGUUGUGAAACUCACGGGACAGUCAAUCACCCUGCCUGUCCAAUGUUUGAAGUCGGUGUGGCAGCAUGUUGUUGAUGGCAUAAGGUGGACGGUUGGUGAUGGGAAACGUGUCUGUUUCUGGUUGGAUAGAUGGCUGCAUUUUGAUGAACCAUUGGUAUCUUUUGCUAGAUCACCAAUUCCUCAAGCUCUGCUCAAUGUUACAAUUUCGGAUUUCGUGAAUAUUGAUGGACAAUGGAGUUGGUCGAAAUUUGAAGGGUGGCUGCCGGCAACAUGUUUGUUGCGAAUUGCAGCAGUGAAGGCUCCUGUGCAAUGUGCUGCGGAGGAUCGGAUGGGAUGGGAGGAAAGAAUGAUUCGAUGGCUUCCACCGCCGGUUGACUGGGUAAAGAUAAAUUCCGAUGGCAGUUUUAAUAUGUAUAAUGGGGUGGGAUGUGCUGGUGGAGUUGUGCGGGAUUGCCAUGGUAGAUGGCUAGGCGGAAUCAUGAUAAAGGUAGGAUUUUGUACCAUCACAGGUUCAGAACUUUGGGGUCUGUUUCAAGCCUUGCAGCUAGCAUGGGAUCUUGGAUAUAAGAAGGUGAAGGCAGAAGUGGAUAAUUCAAGUAGUUUACUUAUGGUGAAAGGGAAUGCUGACAUUUUUGGAGUCUAUGCGGGGAUUGUAUACGGGAUUCGGGAACUGUUGCAUCGGGAUUGGACUGUAGAGCUUGAUCAUGUGUUUCGUGAAGCUAAUUUCGCAGCUGAUUACUUAGCCUCUCUAGCUACCCUUGGUCCAGUUGGAUUACAGAAGUUUGGUGUACCGCCGUCAAGCGUUAGGCCAUGGCUACAACAUGAUAUAAUAGGGGUCUCAUACCCCCGAAAUAUGAGCUGUUUGGAAGGAAUGUCUGCUGCCAUUGUUCCUUAUUCAAACGAAGAAUCAGAGGAUGAACGAAUUGUUAAUGCAGAAGGAUUUGAUGAAAGUGUCGUUUCUGUUGGAGAUGUAGAUCUUCUUGGCCGUGAAUUCAAUUUAAUUGACGAUGCGUAUAUAUGUUAUGAAUCAUAUUACGAAGAUGGACUUUCUUGUGAGCAUUCAACGAUUGAACAAGUUAAUGAUGAGGUAGUAUUGUACUAUGUGAAGCGUAACAAUAUUGACAUAUUCCCGCAUCAGGUUCAUUUCAAUCUUUGGACACUGGAGAUUUCUUGUACUUGCAACAUGUUUUCUGAUGUUGGACUGUUAUGCUCUCACUAUUUACGUGUUUACAACGUGAACAACGUAAAUUCUGUUCCAGAAGUUUAUAUUUUGGCUCGGUGGAAGAGGAAUACUAACAAGCAAUGCAGCGUUAGUGCUUCAGGUAGUAAUGCAGGGUUUGGGAUUGUAGGCUCUACAAUUUGGAGGUCUGAUGUUAUCAGCAAAUUUAUUAUGUUGGUUUCAGCAAAGUGCGAAGUUGGUUGUCUGCAAUCUGCAAAGGCAGAGGAAAAAGAUGAGGCUUCAACAUCAAAUAUCAGUGUUAAAGAUCCUGAGAAACUUAGACUGAUUGGUGACUGGAAUGAAAGGUGGAUAGGUAUUGUGGAGAGGAAGAGCAAGCAAACCCUUGGAAAGAGGAGGAAUAAAGAGGCUGUUGUGAGGACAAAGAAAGUUAUUUACAAUACGAUGAUGUCUACGAAUCCUGAAGUCAUGGAAAAUUUUGUGCAUCCAGUUUGUCCAACUCAACCAUUGCAAACAGCAGUCAAAAGUUUUAGUGGUGCCGCCCAAAGUGAGCCAAGUCCAUUUUUGGAGUUCCUGUGA